CUCAGUUGUUAUGCCAUCAUCUAAAUCUGCAGCUUUAGGAAUCACAAAACAAAAACCCAUGAAACGCAGGAAAAACAACAAACACUCUAGAAGGAAUAAAUUGAAGCUAAUUAACAAAAUUGCUUCAUACCUUAUUUCGGAUCCAUACUUGUAUAGCCCUUUGGUCGCUCCUCAACCCACUUUUGAUUUCCCUCCACCUAAGCCUAUCUUAUUUACUCCCCAAGGAGAUCAAGAAGAUGUGGCUUUGCCUACUAAGAAAACAAAAAGCAAAAGUUUCAUGGAGAAAGUUAUUGAAUUUCUUGAAGCCGACUGUUUUCUGUAUUCUCCAUUAGUUACCAAAAGUGAUCAUGUAGUAGAUACAAAUUCAGUUUCAGGUUAUUCACAGACUACAAAGGGAAAUGGAAGGACAGAAGCGCAGGGAAAUAGAGGCAUGGAAGCACUGGACGGUGGAGUGCAACAUUUGACCCAAGAAGGCAGAGAUGUGAGCAGAUCGUUGGGUACAAAACCUGUGGUCAAGACAGCUGUAUCUUACCAUGAAUCAGUGAAGCACAUGGUUCGGCCGAAUUAUCGCACUAGAUCCAACCAAGGAGUGUAGAAGUCAACAACUGCUGGAGAAAUAUGGUGACAUGUGCGCUAAGCCUUGUGUAUAUGUUACGAAUGAAAUACCGACUCUUUUCUCAUGUUGUAAGGUAGUAGACUUGGGUAAUCGAUCACUAGCUGUCUCCGUUGCUAACUGAUAUAUAUGUACUCAUGUGUAAGAUAGUAACUUGUGGAUCAAAGUUCUUUCAAAA